GGCUGAGCCCCCCCAGCUCCCUCAGCCUCUCCUCACAGCUCUUGUGCUUCGGGUGUCCCCGCUGAGGUUUGAGCUCCCAAAAGGGCCGGAGUGACCCCCCAGCCCUUCCGCGUGUCCCGCUGGAACAUUGCUCCGCUGUAGGGGAUAAUCGGGAAUCCGGGUUUGUGUUUCCCGGAUCCUCCCCGGGUUUAAAACACAACUGAAAUCUGGAAUUGGAGCCUUAAUUGUCUUGGCCAAGUUGCUUAGGCCCUGCUUGUUUAUUUUUAUAAAGUAAAUAUUCUUGUUUCUGCUGCUGGACCGUUGCAGAGCACGAUUUAAUGCACUGUAGGCUUGAUAUGAGGCUUAAUGGGGUCAAACCUGGCCUUUAAACUCUCUGAGAGAGUAUUUUUUUAUGCAUUUGUCAUGAAUAGCUUCUUUCUUGUUCAUAGGUGAUGUAAUGGGAAAGGCAGACAACUUGUGCAGGUGUAAAUUAGAAAUAAUUCCUAAGAAGUCACUAAAAAAACUGGUCCCAGGUGAUGCCCAGCCCUCCAUGGAAUGAUGCCGUCCCGCACCAACCUCUCUGCUGGGAUUCCCAGUAGCAAAGUCAAAUAUUCCAAGCUCUCCAGCACUGAUGAUGGGUACAUUGACCUGCAGUUCAAGAAGAGCCCACCAAAGAUCCCCUACAAGGCCAUCGCCCUGGCUGUUGUGCUCUUCAUGAUUGGGACCUUCCUCAUCAUCAUUGGAGCCCUGCUGCUGGCAGGGUACAUCAGCAAAGGAGAAACGGACCGUGCCAUCCCCGUGCUCAUCAUCGGCAUCCUGGUGUUCCUGCCGGGCUUCUACCACCUGCGCAUCGCCUACUACGCCUCCAAGGGCUACCGGGGCUACUCCUACGACGACAUUCCCGACUUUGACGACUGAACAACGAGCCCAUCCCACCCUCAGUAGUUGCUCAGAGCUGGUUUUUGUCCCCCUGGGCCUCGGGGGCCUGGCAGGUCCCCGCUCACGUGUGUCCCUCACACGGUUCCUGGGUUUGAGGUGUUGCAGGUUGUCCAGUUUGGGGGGUUUUGGGGGGGGCUGGAACACAGAAUUGACCAAAAGGAAUUGCAAAGAACUUGAGAUUUAUGGUAUUUUUUCCUCUUGCUUGUUGCUGGGAAGUCCUUCCUGGGGGAGGCACUUCUUGCAGUUUCCAGAAGUAGCUGAGCCGCUUUCAGCAGCAGAUCCUUGUUUUUUCUGACUAUUUUAUAGAGUUUAGUUUUCCACGAGAUUGUGGUUAUUGUUGGCUUUACCUUUGCAGACAAACACCAUAGUUCAAUUCUCCCUCUGCUCUCUGUCCAUCAGAAAUGCUUCCAGAGUUCUUGUGCUGAGCUUUCGUUGUAGUAACUAAAGUCUGAUGUGCACGGGAGGGGGAGAACAGCACUUGUAGGGAGAGAUUUACAGGCUGCACUUGCUGCACAGCUCCUUGUCAGGCUGACCGAGCUCAUUUCCCCACAAACACAUUCUUCCCAGGAGAGCUUUUCCCAGGCCAAAUCCGCUUACCCCUCACAAGGAUUUUGAUUAUUAUUUUAAACAACUGAAUGGAUACCGGGAGAAGGGUUGGAAUCUAGACCAGGACUCAAGUGUCUAAAUGCCAAAAAUCUUGGGUUUGACUAAUGUGGAUAUUGGAGACGUUAUUGGAGACACUUGAAUUCCAGCUGUCUGUAUGUUUGGAGUCCUUGUGUAGCUAAUAUUCUGUGCAGAGCUGCCCAGAGCAGCGAAAAGGAAUUCCCUGUAUAGUUUGUGCUGAACAAAUUCCCUCUGGAUUGCUUUGCCAGCAUCAGUGAUGUGUCAUUCAGGGAGGGCAGAGGGACAGCUCCAUUCCUCUGAGGUGGGAAUGUCUCGGUGUCCUGGAGAACGUGUGACAAGUGGGAGUGCAAGUGGGUGCAUUUAACAUGAAUAAAGUUCUAUAUUCUGUGUAACCUUAA